AACAAAUGCAGUAAAUUUCGGAUCAUCACAUAUGACACUUUCUAAUACCCUCUUUCACGUUCCAACCAAAAAAUAUAAAAAAUAAAUAAAGUAACAAACGAAGACCAAGUGCAUUUGAGUUUUUCAACUCAUUAACCAUCUAGCACACAAUUGUGACCCUUUCUGUUCUUACCCCCUUUUUUUCUGUUUUUGUUUCUGUUUGUUUGGGGAAGGGUCAAAAAAAGAACACUGUUUGAUGUCUCUUUGGCUGUUCCAAAGUUGCAGUUAAUAUGGCGUUAGAUGAUAACAAAGACAAGCAAGAAGCUGAGGAUAACAAGGCAACUCGUCCUGAAGAGAGUGAUGAUGAUAAUGAAGAUGACAACGCUAUUCCAUUAGGUCCACAGUGCUCUCUCAAAGAACAGCUUGAAAAAGACAAGGAUGACGAGAGCUUAAGGAAAUGGAAAGAACAGCUUCUUGGAAGUGUGGAUAUUAACAACAUUGGAGAGACACUCGAUCCGGAAGUGAAGUUCCUUAGCGUGUCGAUCGUGUCGGCGGACAGGCAGGACAUGGUUCUUCCGAUCCCUGAAGAUGGGAAGCCGCAUGGCUUAUGGUUUACACUGAAAGAAGGUAGUCAAUAUCGCUUGAAGUUCACCUUUCAAGUCAGCAACAACAUUGUAUCUGGUCUCAGGUACACUAAUACUGUAUGGAAAACAGGUGUUAAGGUUUAUAGCACAAAAGAUAUGAUUGGAACUUUUAGUCCUCAGCUAGAGCCUUACACGCAUGAAAUGCCAGAAGAAACAGCCCCUUCUGGUUUUAUGGCUAGAGGAUCAUAUACUGCAAAAUCAAAGUUUCUUGACGAUGAUCAAAAAUGUCACUUGGAGAUCAACUACACAUUUGACAUUCGUAAAGACUGGGCUUAGCUCUAGCACCCUUCAUUCACAUCAAUGUUCUUAUCGUAUUAUAUACAUAUUUCUUUUAUUCACUAUUAAAGUUUAUCCCUUUCAGACAUUUUUAACUUCUACAUUUUUCAUGCAAUGAAGUGAGAAAAAAUUCUCUCACUAGGAAGAACUUUACUAUUAAUUUAAGGGCAGAGAGUUAGCAUUUCUA